CGAGUUGAUUCAAGUAUUGUCGCGGAAUGAAGAUGAGUGGUGAAUCGGGUGGGAACAAAGAGUUUAUGGAGCAGCUGCGGAUGCAGCAACUGUACGGUCAACGAAGUGAGGAUGGUUCUGACCCGUAUACCUACACUGACCCAGAGGAUGGGACGGUAUAUGACUGGGAUCAUGACAAGAAAGCCUGGUUCCCCAAAAUAACAGAGGACUUUAUUGCAGCCUACCAGGCCAACUAUGGCUUCACUCAGGAUGGAAAUCCAGAUGCUAACGCUUCCACAGUUGGUGAGGCAGCAGCCUCUGGUCCAUGUGAUAAGGCUCCGGAAAAAGGAAAUCCAGCAGAACCAGCCCAGACGGAAAACUCCAACCAGGAUCCAACACAAGCCACAGAGGCAAAACAGAAAGGAGAAAAGAGGAAAGCAGAGCCAGGAUGGUUUGAUGUGGACAACAAUAAGAACACUAAUGUCUAUGUGUCAGGCCUACCUCCUGACGUCAGUAUUGAGGAGUUUGUCGAGUUGAUGUCCAAGUGUGGUAUCGUGAUGCGGGACCCCAUCACUGAGGAGUAUAAAGUCAAACUCUACAAGGACAGAGAGGGCAAUCUGAAAGGAGAUGGCCUCUGCUGCUAUCUCAAGAAAGAAUCGGUGGCCCUGGCUGUGCGUCUGAUUGAUGAGUCUGAGAUCAGAGGUUACCAUCUCCAUGUGGAGGCAGCACGGUUUGAGAUGAAGGGCGUGUAUGAUGCCAGUAAAAAGAAGAAGAAGAGCAAGGAAUAUAAGAAGAAGAUGCAGCAGCAACAGAAGCAGUUAGACUGGCGGCCAGAGAAGCAAGGAGAAGUGAGAAAGCGCCAUGAGAAGGUUGUCAUCAUUCAGAACAUGUUCCAUCCCAGUGACUUUGAGGAGGACCCACUGGUGCUGAAUGAGUAUCGGGAGGACCUGAGGACAGAGUGUGAGAAGUUUGGGCCGGUCAAGAAAGUCAUCAUCUUCGAUAGACACCCAGAUGGCGUGGCAUCGGUAGCAUUUAAGGAGCCGGAUCAUGCUGAUGCCUGUCUGCUGGCGUUGGAUGGUCGCUGGUUUGGAGGCCGCAAACUCUCUGCUCAGCUGUGGGAUGGAACCACAGACUACCAGGUGGAAGAGACAACAAGAGAGCGAGAGGAGCGGCUGAAGGGCUGGUCUAAUUUCCUGGAAGAAAGCAAAAAUCAGGGGCAGCAGGGCACUGACACAACUGAGCCAGCAGAGGUAGCCACCCCCACUGAAACAACACAGACACUGAGCAACACAGCAUUAGGCCAAGGCCCGGCUAGAACAGCUCCCCCACCAGAGCCCGAGCAGGACAAGAGAACGAGCAAUGACCCAGGAACAGGACAACAGUUGCAAGAACAAACUGAGGAGGAAGUUGGAUCCACAGACAGCAGCCUGGCUGGAAGUGAUGAGGAGGAGGCCUAGAUUACCCACUACAACUCAAUCUCUUCAUCAACUGCUUAGGACAGCGCUGCCUAAAAGUGAACUGAACUGUUGUGAACCACCUUGUCGAACUGAAAAGGAUAAAAGAAAUCGGACAUUGUCUUUUGUAAUGUAGUGGAAUAAAGUGUUUUUCUCUACCUU